AUGGUAUACGCUGUCACGGCCAGGCAUACAUUGGAGAACCUCAGUGUAUUAGGCGCUAUCGACGAAAAUUCUAAACUGAAGAGAAGAGAGAAAUUACAAUCGUCGACGCGCUCAAGAGACGCGCUUAAAUCCGGAGGUAGUGGAUCCUUGUCCGAUCCCUGGCUCGGUGUGGAGCCGAGUCGUGAUUCUGAGGGCCCAAAAAGCCCUGUUAUGGCACAGGCGCUUAGGGCAUAUAGGGUUGUUAUUGCUUAA